AAGAAGAUGGACAAUUUCAAGAAAACGUUAAGUGAUGCGUCCACAUUUGUUUCCAGAGCUGUCCAGGACGUACAUAUACAAGAAGAAGCCUCUGUUGUUUUCAACAGAGCAAAACAGUUUACGGAAGAGAAGUUGGGAAAAGCUGAAAGAACAGACCUAGAUCCACAUCUAGUUCUGCUGGAACAGAAAACGGAUAAUUGCAAGGGGUACACGGAAAAGAUUAAGAAUAAUGCGGCAGCUGUCCUUGUUCCAAAUCCAGGUUGACAAACCUCGAGUACUUGGGGAAUGAUAUGAUUGAGGCUGGGAAUGAGUUUGGAGUGAGUACUCCCUAUGGAGCUGCCCUGGUUCGUGUCGGUCAAACCCAGCAGAGGUUGGGUCAGAUUGAGAAGGAUUAUAUAUCCUCGGGUAACGAAGGGAUGAUUGCUCCUUUACAAAGGUUUUUGGACGGAGAAAUGAAAAAUAUUAUGAGAGAGAGAAAGAUCCUGGAGAAUAAGAGACUGGAUCUUGAUGCGUGUAAAAACAAGGUCCGGAAGGCUAGAAGCAUGGCAACACAACCCCAGAAGGAGGGUGUAGACCCCAGGGCUGUACUAGAUCAGGCGGAAAAUGAGCUGAGACUUUGCCAAGCUGAGUUUGAUCGUCAGGCCGAGAUCACGAGGCUCCUGAUGGAGGGAUUGUCCCAGACCCAGACAAACCAUCUCAGACAUCUUAAGGAGUUCGUUCAGGCACAGGUUAACUAUUACUCUGAGGCUCACACUACUAUGCAAGAAUUACACAGGGAACUCUCAGGUUUAACUCCCCCCUCCACCUCCCCCCUCCCACAAGAUCUUAAACUUCAAAGAGGUCAAGUCCUGCUAGAUUAUGACGCUAACGGACCUGAUGAAUUAAGCCUACUGGCGCAUGAGGUUCUAAAUGUGUACGAGCUGGAUCCUGAAAGUGAAGAUUUCCUGGUGGCAGAAAGAGGAACUAAAGUUGGUAAAAUCCCAAGGGCCUAUGUUAAAAUAAUCAGCUGAUUAAUCGGGAUCAGCUGUUUCCUUCUCCCUCCUGGUCACCAUUUUAUUUAUCUGUGAUAUUUUAGUUUAAAGAUUUUGUAUUUUAAGUUUAAAAUUGCCUUUUUUUGUUUAGAAAUUCGUUAAUUUUUAUUCCAGUAUAAAGGCCCAUUAUAAAGUAUAGAUAUUACCUUUAAUCUAAGCUUAACUUAAUAACCUAGAGCCUUAGGGAAACCCUUCAUUUAUUUUAAAUCAACCAACAUCAAAUAAAUAUAUUUUAAUUUUGGAAAAAUGUUCCAAAACAAUUAGUUAACUGUUAACCAAAGUACAAUUUUUCUGAUUAUAAACUGUUUCUUUGUGUGCAUUAUUAUUCUAUAUGUUCUUUUAUUUUAUCAUAUAAUAGUAAUAAAGUAUUUCCUCUUCUAAUCUA